UGGGUCUCAAGUCUCAACUAGUCCUAAAUAUUUUCCAUAAUUUUAUAUUAUAAACCCAAUUUUAUAAAUUUCCCGCAAUGUUUUAUCUCCAUCUACAGUAGAUUUCCCGGGAAAUAGAUUUGAUCCUCAGAUCCACCGCCGCAUCUCACCCAUCAGCCACCGGCAACCGCCGCCCACCGGCUUUUCAAUCCGGCGGAGCCAAUGGAAAGCCCGAGCACGAGCUCGAGCGCGAGCGCGGGCGCGGGCGCACCCUCCACAGAGCCCAAAACUCCGGCGCCGAAGCUUAUCAGCUCCUAUCGCCGCCCCUACGUCUCCCGCACAAUCUGCGGCGAUCGGUUCAUCCCCAGCCGCUCCUCCUCCAAUUUUUCCCUAUUCAACCUCCCUAAUUCCAGCUCGCAGGUCUCCUCCAGUGAUUCACACUCCGCGUACACCAACCUCCUGAAGUCUGCCCUUUUCGGACCCGAAUGCGUCGCCGGGGUUAACGGGAUUCAGCCGUUGACGCCGGAGAAAUCUUCUCCCGGCGGGAGAUUUGGCGGUAGGAGCAGUGAUGGUGGUUUUCCGCAGGUUAGUCCUAAUUGCAACAUAUUCAAGUACAAGACCGAGACGAGGAAAUCUAUGCCUUCUCUUUCACCGUUUGAGUUUGAUGAUAAGCUCCCUGGGGUGUCUCACAGUCCUGUUAAGGCACCAAGAAAAGUUCCACGGUCGCCGUAUAAGGUUUUGGAUGCGCCUGCUUUGCAAGAUGAUUUUUAUCUCAAUCUCGUAGACUGGUCACCACAUAAUGUGCUGGCUGUGGGGUUAAGCAACUGUGUCUAUCUAUGGCAUGCUUCCAGCAGCAAGGUAGUGAAGUUGUGUGAUUUGGGAGGUGAUGACAGUGUGUGCUCAGUUGGCUGGGCACACCGUGGUACACAUCUUGCUGUUGGAACUAAUAAUGGCAAACUCCAGUUAUGGGAUGCCUCUCGUUGCAAGAGGAUCAGAACUAUGGAGGGACAUCGGCUUCGAGUCGGUGCCCUUGCCUGGAGUUCAUCCAUUUUGUCCUCAGGAAGCAGGGACAAAAGUAUUCUUCAUCGUGAUAUACGAGCUCAGGAUGAUUAUGUCAGCAAGUUAACCGGACACAAGUCAGAGGUUUGUGGAUUGAAGUGGUCUUAUGACAACCGAGAAUUAGCAUCUGGUGGAAAUGACAAUAGACUUUUCGUGUGGAACCAACAUUCGACUCAGCCUGUAUUAAAGUACUGCGAACAUACUGCAGCUGUAAAAGCUAUUGCAUGGUCACCCCAUCUUCAUGGGCUCCUUGCUUCUGGUGGGGGCACUGCUGAUAGAUGCAUUCGUUUUUGGAAUACGACUACCAAUACGCAACUGAGCUGUAUGGAUACCGGAAGUCAGGUGUGCAAUCUUGUGUGGUCUAAGAAUGUCAAUGAACUAGUGAGCACACAUGGCUACUCCCAAAACCAAAUUAUAGUUUGGAAAUAUCCGACCAUGUCAAAGUUGGCAACUCUGACUGGCCAUACAUACCGGGUAUUGUACCUUGCAAUUUCACCGGAUGGACAGACGAUUGUAACAGGAGCAGGAGACGAGACGCUCAGGUUUUGGAAUGUCUUCCCAUCACCCAAGUCUCAGAACACUGAUAGCGAAAUUGGAGCCUCGUCAUUUGGAAGAACCCAGAUUCGUUGAUGAUGUAAAGCCAUUCGUUUUAUUUAUUUCACAACAUUUUUUUUUUUAUGCUCCAUAAACGAUGAAUAGUUACGUCUCUCUGGCACAUGGGAAAGAAAUGCAUACCAUAUGAAGAGGGCAAAGCAUCAGCAGAAUUAGACGAAAAGAGUCGAUUGUCCUUGCAAUCGUGCAGAAUUUUAGAUAUAUGAUGGCGAACAUUCUCGAAUUAUUACCUAUUUGUUGUACAGUUGGAGUUGUUAUGUAAUGCCUCUUUACAUCUCCUAUUAGUUCUCCAUGAUUUACUGAGGAUACAUGCAUGUUUAUGCAUUAAUAAGACACUCGAGUGAUCAACGUAACAGCCUCAAUUUUGAACCCAAUGCUUGUUUAUAUUUGAUCACUUACACUCAUUUUUCUUAUAAUAAUAGCUUUGAGCCUUGAGAGAGUAAUGAAAUGUAAGCGAUU